AUGUCGUCUGAGACAAUUUCGUUGUAUAAUUGGAGAGAGAUCCAAUCCAAGCUUCCUUUCGCCUGGCAAUGGGACGUUGAGUAUCACGUCACAAACGCCAAACGCGGUGGGCAGCAUGGGUCUUGGACUUGUACGCCUCUUGAACCGGACAAGCAGAAUCCCUAUCCACUUACUAUUGCUGGAGGACCCGUCGUACUUCCAGUGGAGUAUAGAUGGCCUCCGGAAAGUGGAAUCACGCCACCACCUGAUCCGCGAGCUACAACGCCGAUCGACUGCCGGGCGACGCUACCUUUGGAACUAGUGAAAGACCUCUUCUUGACUUUUCAAGACAGUAUUGGAUUUUAUGUUUUGAUAAAUGGUCUUCUCCAAGUCAUUGUGCCGGGAGACUAUGAUACUAGCUGGGCGUCAUCACACCUGCCACACAGAUACGGUGGCCUCAAGGUCUGUUACAUCGAACAAGACGUUGAGCCCACCAUGUUGCCGAGUGCAACUGAUACGAGUAGGGCCACGACGUCUGGGUCGCCCGUCGGGUCGCAUGAUAUCUCGGGUAUUUUCCGGCCUGCCAGCCUGUCGACCCAAUCCGUCACCAGAUAUCCAUCACUCAAGCUUAACGACUUUAUAGAAGCUCGCCCACUAUCCAAUCAUAGAAGGGAGAGGUUUUCUGGACGGGUUGGUCUUAGAGUGGCACAAGCUGAUUUAGAACCAUUAGUAGUAAUGUCUACGCACGUUAUUACUGAGGCUAUACUUGCAAAAUCUCAUCGGGACACCAUAUUUAGCCGUGGUCUUGACAAUCGCUUCAAAAAGCUGGAGGAUGAUUGGAAUGAACAUGUCGAGAUCUGGGCAGGCGAUAAAAAGAUUGGAACCAUCCAAAAAACCUUUGACAGAGAAGUGAAGCUCUAUCCGGUCGGCUUUAAAUAUGACAUCACGCUCAUAAAACCGUCAUCCCCUACUAUGGUGGAGGACAUUGCGUCUCCCGUAGCAAAUCUCGGGUGGCUGCAUCAAAAGUCAUGGGAUUCGCUCCGCCAGCAAACAUCAACGGUCAAGAUACUAGCUGACACUGAAAGCACCCAGUCAGGCAAAAGCAUAAAGUGCAGUCGUCCAUCCGAUGUUCUCGUUGUAGGCGAAGGCAUCUUCCUCAACCAGAAGGCCGCAGCAGGUAGCUCAAAAAGUCUAAAAGACCAUGAUGCGUCAACAUGGAACGACCUCGUGUCGCGCGCUCUUUUGUACCGUGUAUAUCCCGACUUCGAUCCACCAAACGGUCACAGUGGUACCGCACUGUAUGCAGACGGAGUAAGAGAGGACGGCACUGAGGGCCCAGGCAUCGUAGGUUUCCAAAGCUUCGUACAGCGCUGCGGCAAAGUGCAAAGUUUCGAUAUGGAAGGUCCUGCGCUUGAACGAAGAUUGCAACUUGGGGUAGUAGCAUUCUACGGAGCGUUCGAAGUUCCUUCAGAGCUGAAGCAGUAUGACAUCGUUUGA